CCACAUUCUUGUCAUUCUGUGCCACACAAGCACUUCCAUCUUCCAACUGCACAUUCCAUUUUGUUUCCUCAACUGUUAUCUACAUAAUAAGACCCUCCCUAUAAAUACGUACUGCUCCUUUGCUUGUUUAAUUGCCGAUCAAAUUAUAAAACCCUAUCCUCUUAUCCUUAAUUUUCAUUUUCAUGCAUAAUUAAUGAUGGGGUUUUACAAAAUUAUUGAUUUAAUGCUCAUCUUUUCUGUGUUAUCCGUCAAGAACGCAAUAUCUCAGGACUGUUCGUCUGAUGGAGAUUGUGGGGCAGGGAAGUAUUGUUUGGCAUGUCCUUUAGGGUUUUCAGGCUCCAAAUGUGUUAGAUCCACCGCUACAGAUCAGUUCAAGCUACUUAAUAAGUCCCUUCCGUUCAACAAAUAUGCGUUCUUGACUACCCAUAACGCAUUUGCAAUAACUGGCGAGCCAUCUCAUACCGGUGUUCCCAAUAUUGCUCCAAGAAAUCAAGUAGAUAGAGUAGCUCAGCAGUUAAGUAAUGGAGUUCGUGGGCUAAUGCUUGACGUGUACGAUUUUCACAAUGACGUUUGGUUGUGCCACUCAUUCGGAGGACACUGCCACGACUAUACUGCUUUUGAACCAGCAUUAGACACAUUGAAGGAAAUAGAAGCUUUCUUAUCAGCAAAUCCAUCAGAAAUCAUUACGAUAAUCUUGGAGGAUUACGUUCAUGCAACAAAUGGAUUGACAAGGAUUUUCACAGAUGCUGGAUUGAUGAAGUACAUGUUUCCUGUAUCAAAUAUGCCCAAAAACGGUGAAGAUUGGCCUCUUGUUAGUGAUAUGGUUGCUAACAACCACAGACUUCUCCUCUUCACUUCCGUAAAAUCUAAGGAACAAAGUGAAGGGAUUGCAUACCAAUGGAACUACAUGGUCGAAAACCAAUAUGGAGAUGAUGGAAUGAAGGACGGAGAAUGCACGAACCGGGCUGAGUCAUCGGUUCUGACUGACACUACUAAAUCACUGAUUUUGGUAAACUUCUUCGGAUCAGCACCUUUGGAACCAAUAGCAUGUGUUCAAAACUCAGGGCAUCUAUUGGACAUGGUGGGUACAUGUCAUGCUGCUGCGGGUAAUCGUUGGGCUAAUUUCUUGGCUGUUGAUUUUUACAAGAGGAGUGAAGGUGGAGGAGCGUUUCAAGCAGUCGACAAGCUCAAUGGUGAACUAUUAUGUGGGAAGGAUGACAUGAAGUCUUGUGUGGUAUAGUGAAGCUCUUCAACCAUACACGAUACAUGGCACCUCAAAUAUAAUUGUAUUAUUUGAACACUUGAACAUCAAUUCCCACUUGGAUUAUAUCAUCCAAAUUCAAACGAGGACAUAUAUUCAAUUUCUUUUUUUAUAUUCUUCCCAUCUUUUUUUUAAGUUCUCUAUUUUUUUUAGCCAAACUUUACUAUCUUCC